GGGAGGGGAGGAAGGAGUAGGAGAGACAGAGGGAGAGACAGAGGGAGAGACAGAGGGAGGGGGAGGGGAAGGAGCAUCAGCAGAGCUGCUUUCAGACACGGCCACCCCAGACAUUGCCAGCCGAGUACAGAGCAGUCCAGGGGAGGAUGAGACGAUCUCAGAGUCGCACGCAGGGAGAGGUGAGAUGAUGCAGACCCCUGAGAGCCUCAAAGCCCCAAGAAGCUCAUCCUCUUCAAACAGCACGGCCUAUAAGUCCCCCACUGACAUAGAGAGAGACACCCCGGAGGACACCCCCAGCUCAGGGACACCCCUGUCAGUCCAACGAGCGAUGCUCACCAAGCGUGUCUCCCAGGACCCUGACCCGGUCUGGGUUCUCAACCUGCUAAAGAAGCUGGAGAAACAGUUUAUGACCCACUACGUCGACGCCAUGGCUGAGUUCAAGGUGCGUUGGGACCUAGACAACAAUGUGAUGUUGGACACUAUGAUCACUGAGCUGAGAGACGAGGUGAAGAAAAGGAUCCAGACCAGCAUUGAUCGUGAGCUGAGGAAGAUCCGGGGGCGUGCAGGGCGGGGGGGCGUGCCGCGCCCCCCUAUCCUGUCCCGGGAUUCAACCGUUACAGACCAGAGGAGGCGGAGGUUAAAGGUCAUGAAGGUUCAGUCAGUGAACAAGAGUGACGGGGAGCAGGGUUCGGGAGCGGAUGUUAGUGACCAGCGCAGCGAGGGUGAGGAUGAGUACUGUCCCUGCGACGCCUGCAUACGGAAGAAGGCGGAUGUCCAACAAAUCAAAAUGGAGGCUGUGGUCACCACAGCGCCGGUGAUGGUGGCGUUUGAUCUGCGUAAGAUCCUGCUGAUGAAGAAAGACCCAAAGCCUCUUGCACCCUCUAGCCCCACGGAGGGGGAGAACAAUGAUCGCCUGGAAUUGGAGAAGAAAGAGGAAGAGGAGAGUGUGAAUCUAGAGGUGGUACACAAAGACGAGGAAGAGGAAGAGACCAAGGAGGAUAUUAUACCAACUGUUGUCAUAGAGGAAGCUAUCCCUGAGGAGGAAGAGGAAGGAGUGACUGAGGGAGAGGAGGAAGCACAGGAGAGUGAUGGAGCUGAGUCUGUGAUGGGGGAAGUAGAGGAGCAGAUAGCUGAGGAGAUAGCUGAGGAAAUAGCUGAGGAGAUAGAGGCUGAAGAACAGGAGGAGGAUGGAGUGGUGGAGGGAACAGAGGAUGAGGAGGAGGAUGAAGGAGAGAUGGGAGGUGAAGUUUCAGGAGAAGAUGGCGUGGAGGCAGAGGAGACUGGAGAGGGGGAGGAGUUAGUAGAAGGGGAGGAGGAAGCAGCAGGGGUCGCUGAAGCAGUGCAGGAGGAUCAAACAGGAGGAGAUGAAAACACUGUUGAUGGACCAGCAGAGGUGGAAGAGAUGGGAGAGGGGGAGGAGACGGGUGAGGAGGAGGGAGAGGAGGGAGUAGAGACAGGAGAGGGAACAGCUGAGGAGGACGAAACAGGAGGAGAGGAGGAGGAUGGAGGAGAGGAGACAGAGGAGAACAAUGUGGUGUCUGAAUUCAAGGUGGAAGAAGAGGAGGAAGAGAAUGAAAACACAGCAGGAGAGACAAGUGGAGAGGAGGAGGGAGAGACGGGAGCAGAGGGAGAGACUCUUGAGGAAGGCACAGAGGGCAAUGUGGGGGUAGAGGAUGCUGUGGAGGAGUUGAAUCCUGAAGAAGAGAAUGAAGAGGUGAAAGAGGGAAACAGAGAAAUCCCCCUGAUAAGCCAGAUGACCAGAACCUCUGUGGAGUCCCAACCAGGAUCUAUGGAGAACACAGUUUCACCAAUGCGCUCUUUAACCCCCAUAGAGACCAAGAAAACCGUCUCUGAUGGACACAAGAUGGCGUCUGCAGGUGAGGGGUCUGGGGGGAAAGGCCAGAGGAGGAGCCGAUCUCCAGCCAGAGCCAAACGCAGAAAACCCAAAGAGAGCGAUAUAGAACUAGAUGAUCUAGAAAUGUAACCCUCACAGGACAUAGUAAUGAUCUAUGACGUCCAGUUCUAUCACAGAAGAUAGAACUGGAUGUCCUAGAUCUGUAAGCAUCACAGUCACAUAAAGCACUUUAUAAUCCCCUCUCUAGGUUAAGAAUAUCUAUACCGGAGGUAUUGCACAGGUGAAGGUAGAUUUUGCCAAGUCAGAGUGGCAUGUACUUGUUAUUGUUAUGGAAGGGUAUAACUGAAACUUGAAACAAUCAUAAUAUUACAAACCAUAAGAUGUCAUGUGAAAAUUAUAUUUGUAUAUUUCUAGAAACAAAUUGUAUUUAUGUCUGAUUUUAUUUUCCUGGAGGGAUAUAUAUAUUCUCUACUGUAUAGAGGGGUGUAUAUUCUCUACUGUAUAGAGGGGUGUAUAUUAUCUACUGUAUAGAGGGGUGUAUAUUCUCUACUGUAUAGAGGGGUGUAUAUUCUCUACUGUAUAGAGGGGUGUAUAUUCUCUACUGUAUAGAGGGGUGUAUAUUAUCUACUGUAUAGAGGGGUGUAUAUUCUCUACUGUAUAGAGGGGUGUAUAUUCUCUACUGUAUAGAGGGGUGUAUAUUCUCUACUGUAUAGAGGGGUGUAUAUUAUCUACUGUAUAGAGGGGUGUAUAUUUCGGACUUCAUGAUGAUAUGCGUAUUUUGUGUUUGUGAAUAGGUGUGUUGUUAAACAGAAUUACACUCUAGAGCGGUGCUCCCCAAACAGGGCUCAAGUGGAGACCAAUUCCUUCUGGGUCCCAGCCAGAAAUAUGGUUUAGUUUGGAAAGGUUAACCUGAGAGCACACAAUGCUGAGAGCACAAGGUACUGACAUCACAUACAGGUUAACUUGUAUCACUUAGCCAUAAACAUAUACCUCCCUGUGACAAUAGGCAUUGCGGGAAUGUAUUCAAAGUAACAACCAAACUAUAUAUUUAUAUAAUUUAUAAGCAACAAACCAUGUAUGUAUACUUGAUAAGAUUACUGUAGUGUCAUUCGGAAGCUCAGUGUUUGAAGACUGACAUGAGAAUCUCAGGGAAGGAGGGUUGUAUGAAUGAUCAUGAUGGGUGUAUGACAGACAACUUCCUUAUGUUUGGUACCCGAAUAGUGCUGAGCGAUUAGUGCUUUUUGAAGUUGGUUCGGUUUCGUUUCGAUUAUUAAAAUAUAAAUCAUGUUUUUUUUCCAUUUCAAUUUAGAUAAUUAAAACAUAUUUUAAAUGCAUUAUGAAAUCAUGUAAUUAAAAGGAUAUAUAUAUUUUUUUUUGCUUUUUAAUAGAAAUUCCAAAGCCUAAACUAGUGAACAUUCAAUUGCCAAAACAUGUAGAAAAUAUUCCAUUGACUCUGUCAGGUCCACAUUGGGUAGACACCAAUAGAACAUAUUGAAAUUACUAUGAAAUAAUACAAUAUUUCAGUUGUGUAUAUUUACUUAGGUUUUAUUUAAUGAUUUUAUUAUUUUUCAUUCUUUAAAGUCAUGGUCUCAUAUCUGUUCAGGCAGUAGCAGCCAGCCAGCCAGCCCAUCUAAUAUUAUAUCUGUACUCCCCAUACUGUACUGUCUUUAGUCAUCCUAUUUAGCUGGCCUGCCUAAGUUUGCCGCAGAGCUGUCUGACAAUCAUUUUACUAGUUCAUCAAAGUAGAUAAGGCAUUCUUUCACCAACUGUCUGUCCCUCUUGUCAUUGUGUUGUGUACAUUGCGGUCUUUGCGGUCUGUGUGUAUCUAACCUAACAGAGCAGGCGUAAACGUGUCUCCGUCACUGUUGGAGCAGGAAAGAACAGGCGCAAUGGAUUAUGGGCAUUGUAGUUCAUUACCACGUUUCUGCACUGAACUAAUAAGUUGAAUAUUUUCUUUAUAGAUGGGUAUAGCUGAUAUCACGAAAACGAUGUGCGCGCUUCCGUGGGCCAGAAGUCAACCUGUUGUUGUGAUUCUGGUGUAUCUGGAUGGCCAGAUUGCUAGCAAGAAUGACAAGAAACUGACGUGUGGGGAUUCUGGAUGUGUCUCGUUUCAGCUCAUUUCGUCUUGUUACUGAUUUCAUGUCAAUGCUAAUUUGGCAAAAAUUCGCUAGCUCACCAACACAUUUAUUUAUGUUUUCAAUAAACAUUGGAUACGAAAAAUGGCUUACAUGUUGUCAACAAUCUAAGCCAACCCUGUCUGUUUUGCCCCACAGUUGCGAACGCCUAGGUUUUGUUGCUAAACAACCAACGUCUAUGAAAACUACAACUCCCUUCAGCUCAGUGUCCCACAUAGUUCUUGACUUUAUUUCUCUUGAAUGAUUUGAUUUCUCUCUAGAGAAACGGUGUGUUGGGCUCACAAUUUAUUUUUUAUUUAAAAAAAAAAUGUAAUUGAACAGACUUAAGUCAAUUAGUUGUUUAAUAAUAAAAAAAAUAACUACAUUUCGGUUAAUCGCUCAUCACUAGUACCGAACCUUGUUUAAGUGUCUGCUUUCUGUCCAUGGUUGGGCCGUGAAGGUUGUUAUUGUUGUUGAGUUGUCAAGGUAACGCACCCCUGAUCUGCGUCUGUGUUGUUGCGUUUAGUUGUUUUGUCAGGCGACAUGACGCAGGAGCUUCCCAGGUAUUUAACCAUGUGGGACGGUAAUCACUGAAUCUACUCAAGACUUAAACUAAAGCCUUAAAGGUGCUGCGUGGUCAAUCCGACGUCUGCAUUGGCACGGAACAACAUUUACGGUGAUACGGACUCUGCAGGAGUCAGGGCAUUCAUUCUUCUUGCCCUUCGCGGUAGCAGCGCAGAGCUGUUGUCAAGGAAGUUGUCAAGGAAGUGAGUUUGUGUUUAUACAGGACCUCACGCCCCCCCACCUACCGUUAACCAAUCAUGUCAAUGCGGAGCUAUACGGAACCCUACGCAUUGGUGCAGAAUUUGGGAGGUGCACAGCGAUGCGGUAAAGAGCUCCGUUUGGCCUCUGCGCGCCUCCAGAGGCUCUGCAAUCGCGUCACACCGUCCAUUCAGAGCCUCCGACCACAUUUAUUUUCAGAUCAAGCAUAAAUUGGCUUGUACUGCAACCAUGGUGACAAGAGAGAUGAGGGAGAGAGAAGAGAGACACUCUAUCUCUAUCUUUAAUCUCAUUAUUAGCGGUACAGCUGGUAUUGUUGUUGUUGUUGUUGUUGUUGUCGUCGUACUUGACUGAAGGGUUAUCUGGAUGUAUUGAAUAUAUUUAUGGAUAUGUUCAAACAGGAUGGACUUUGACACUUGUAGUUUAGAGAGCGAAGUUCUCAUAUCUAUAUAUCUAUGUUGUAACAUAUCUUUACACAGGGUUGAAACAGAGAUGUGCACUACGAUUCUCUCAGGCUCAGAGUCUAAGGAGUCUGUGUUUUUUUUAUUUUUAUUUUUGGGUGUCAAUCAUAAAGUCCUAUUGGUUGGUUGGUGGUGCUGUGGGACAUGUCUAUGCUGCUAUUGGUCCGUUCGGCUGUCAAUCUUCUUCUGUGACAUAACCUUGGGAACACCAUGUAAAGUUUCAAAUUAAGAUUCUAAUGUAUUUUAAUGUAUAAUAAUGAAUAAAAUAAAAUAUUUUAAA